UGUGUUAGUUUUAUUCAAAAUUAAACAUUGAUGAAAACUUUGAUGAGCUAUUUUCAAUGUGCAAGUUGAAAAGCUUCAUUUUGAAAACAAAAGUUUGUCAUGAUGUGGCCUAUGAAAUGUGUUCAAGUGACUUGAGUCUCAUUUAGACAAAAGUAGUGCUUUGUUGCCAUCUUGUGGCCUCCAGAGGCAAUUAUGAACCUUUAUGGGAGCGUGUCCGUCAUUUGCAUAAGUUGUAACCUUCAAAUAGUCCGUAAUCAUCAUUUUGUCUUUUUUUUAGAAAGAAAUAUAUUGAUCAAUAUUAGCAAUAACUUAAUAACAUUUUCAAAUAAUCACUUCUACACCAUUCCCAGGAAAUCACAAUGUCCCAUCACUUGUGAACUAUCUUUGACCUUUCCACAGACUCCUUUGGGGUCACGGAUGUAGCCCAACUUAUUUCUCAGCCUAACCAAGGGCCACACACAAUCUCAAACUAAUUCACCCAUUGCCACCCCCUCCCUUAUCCAAAAUACAAGCCGUGAAUGAGAGCCACGCCGACCGCUCUGCACAGCUGGAAGUGUGAUUUUCUCGGCCGCACACGCCCUCCAUCCUACGCAGGAACUCACGUUUCCCUCGCGUUUGCCAGAUGCAAAGAACGCAAGCGUGCUCACCUCUCAAUAGUGUGUGUGUGUCGGCAUGUGUGUGUGGGUGAGGCAGCACGGGGGGAGGUUCUGAGUGUUUCAUAUUACACUUCUCUGUUGGAUGGGAAAAGGGGGGGGGGAAGACGAGGAAAAGGAGGCGGAGGAAACUUUGGGCUCCUUUUCCUCAGAACCAUUCAACUUUAAAGUUAAUGGAGGCUGCAGUCGUGGAAAAUGGUCUCCUCUGUGGUCUUUGCUCUCCUGAUUCAAGCUCUGUUUGGAGAUUUGUGUUCCGCUAUCAACGUUACCAUCACGCCGUCCCCCUUCACGGUGGUCCAGGAGGGCCAAAACGUCACACUCUCGUGCGUCGUGUCCCAGCGACGUCGCAAUUCCGCCUUGCCCGUUGUGAAAUGGACCUUUCUGCCGGCGGGCUACGACAAUCCGGAAGACGAACUUCUCAUCGCCCGGGUCAACAUGAGAAAAGCCCGCUUCUAUGGAAACUACACCAAGAGCUUCUCGUGGCCCAAAAUGAAGCUGACGGUGGUGAAGCAGGGCAAGAUCUUUGACUUGCUGAUCUUGAACGUGUCCGAGAGGGACAGAGGUCUCUACAUAUGUCGGGUUCAGGAAUUCAAAAAGCAGCAGGAUCGCUGGAAGGCCUCGUGCAACUCCACGGCGACAACUGAACUCAGAGUACAUGUGUUUCCGCCCACCGAGGCCAAAGACAGCUUGUGGACUUUGUUUGAAGAUGUUUACCUUUGCGCUGUGCUCAUUUGCUGCGUGGGCCUGCUGUGCAUGUGCAUGUUCACCGUGACGGUAACUUGCCAGUGUAUACAGAGGAAACGACGGUUAAAAGAUAAUUACCACUUGGUCCGAAGCUCUAGGAAUAGCUCAGGAGAAACCGUUACCGGUGUGGUCAAUGUGUCUCCUGCCUUGACCAAGAAGGAGAGAAGAUACAGAAAGAAAAGGAGCAAAGAUUAUCAAAAGGAAAUACCACCAGAGAUUCCGGCAAAAGUUCCCAUUCCAGACAAAGCAAGGAAACCUAAACUUCUAAAACCACAGCCAAGGAAAUUAGUUUUGCCAAAGAUAGUGGAGGAGAAUCUAACCUACGCAGAGUUGGAUCUGGUUAAGCCAAUCCCGGAAGCAAAGGCGUCUCGGACUGGCACGGUAUACGCUCAGAUACUUUUCGGGGAGCAGCAGCUAUGAAAGAAGACAACAGUUCUCGACUCAUUUUCCCUUUUUGUAAAUAUUUCCUUUUUUAUUUAUAGUCUGUGUUUUGAUUGAAAACGCUGUCUUUGAUUUGGCAGACAAACAGUGGAACUCCCGAAAUGCAUUAUUUGUGAUGAUUGCAUCUUCAUCAAACUAUUGCGCCACACUCUUACAUCUAGUGGGUUCUCAUUGACAAAAAAGAAAAAAAAAACCUGUGGAGACAGACACAAUAAACCCAAACAUGAACGUGACCUAAUGUAAUUCAUGUGAUUUGCUUCCAGUGUGCCCAGCCUUAUCUCGCCACGCAACAUCUGUGCUCCGUCUGUUUCUCGGUGUCACGCUGCAAUUUACGCUCGCCACAACUCAAGACACUUGAUAUGAAACUAGCGAUUAGCCCUUAGACUGCAAACCUCACACUGUCAACUUUGUCAGCUGCUUUCAUCUUGUGUUUUAACAGCCAAUUUAGCUGCGACAUGCACAAACGCAGCAAAACAAGCCUGCAGCUACGCGGACGGCGGUGGCGACGACUCGACAUUUUCCUCAUUUUGCUUUGUGAAAACAUUCUGACGCCUCCAAAGGACACAACUGAUCAGACUAUAACUUCAAUUAAUCGUAUUCCCUACCCCUAUUGCCAAUACUUUUAGCUACUUCUUCUUAUGCUAUAAUUUAAUAGCAGCCCCCCAACCCACCCCUGACAGGAAAAUGAGUCCCAUGUGUGGCAAAUCUCAAAUAACCGACUGCAAGUGGGUUAAAAAAACGGUGCUGUGUUUCAAUGCAAUCCAACUUGGCUGUGGCCAGGAAAUGCAUAAAAAGACACAUUUGAAAAUUCUGAGUGUCCAACGCAAUUAUAUGGAACGCAUGAUACCAAAUAUUAAUGUAAGUUUAUUUGAAAAACUGAAAAAGCUCAGCAUGAUGCAAAGCCAAGUGUGACAUUUAUAUGAAACGGUGAGGAACUGAUUGUCUGACAAAGCGAUUCUCCACAUUAUGACAAAAUAACGGACUUCACAGACAUCCUUUUGCUAGUGAUGUCACCGGUUCAAAAGAGGAAAACAAAACCUAUUGUUAGACAAAACCGCUGCAUGUCUCAAUAACCAUUAUGCCUCAUGUCCUCAUCUGCUCAAACAGCAUAUCCUGUACGGUGGCACAAAUGCACAGUUUGAGCAGACAGAAAACAGCAGAAUGAAAGCGUAGAGCAAAAUCACAAGAUGGAGGAAUGACAUAUAAGAUCUGUCUGCUUGCUUGAUUUGUCUGCUUUUCUGUGGAUCUCAAGGCCAAGUAGACUAAAGGGAAACAGAUUGGCUCACAUUAAGUCUGUCAUAUCAAUGACAUCAUAUAUGCAUAAUUACUUUUCGAGCCAAAGUAACAAAUGGUCUUAGAGAUGACUGAUUUUAUGAAUACUGGCCCAGUUUUUGUUUUUUUGGCGGAGGCCUAUAGUUUGAAGCCGGGAAAGCCACAACUAUUUCAAAGCUUAGACGGAUACAUGAAGGGCUGUGUCCAUGGUGCCGGUUUUCCGAAAUAUGUUUGGCAGGCUAUAAUUCUUCUUGCCCACUUGAGUUGUUUAUUUGGACUCAAAAGGCAUAAACAAUAGUGUGCUGCGUUACAAAGGCCUUGUGACCAUUUCUGGAGACGUUUGUAUGUUGAUCCCGAGUGCCUCAUUUCGUUUUCUCUGUGUGUGCAAAUGCGGAAGCUCCGACUAAUCGCUGUGAUAUAUAUGAUGUGAAUAAAUACAUUUAAAGUGUA